AUGUCAUAUGACAAUGGCUCCUACUACAACAGCUCCCCUGAUAAGGUCCGCAAGCGUAAUCUCAAAGAUUGGAUGCGCUUUGGAAGCAAGGGAGAUUUAAACACUGUGAAGUCAGGUAUCCAUUCGGCCUUCCGUGAACACAAUGGAGGAUGCUACACUAGGCUGCCCAAAAAAAAAAGAGUUGGGUUGGGUUCAUUGACAACCCCUACUACUCCUCUCCAACAUGGGGUGGUGAUGAAAAUUGGUUCUUUGGCUCAGUGCCCUCUCAAGGUUGAUUGGAAGAAGUUGGCCCGCCAGCUUAUGAAGCACAUUAACUUCUUGUACCCAAUCAGGGUGGAUGUAGGUUGGCCUUCCCGCCCUGGCACAGACCGCCGAUGGUCAGGCAGUGACCCCAAGUCAAUGGGUGUCUUUGUGUUGAAAGAGCACACGGUCUUGAUUGAUGGGGUCUUAUCCAAGAAGAUUCACAUCACUGUGCCAAAGUGUGACUGCCUGUGGGGUAUUCCGUUUGCAUACAUCCCCCAAGCUCAAGCAUUGGAAUCAAUUGAGGCCGAUAAUGUGGCAAGCCAACUCGACAUUGCCGCCCACUUUUCUAUCAUCCACAAGACCAAAGAAUAA